AUGGCCAAGAUCUUGAGCCGGAGAUCGUGCCCGUUCAGCUAUCCGACCAAAUCAAUUAUUCUCCAUGUUUACCUGGAUCAAAUUGUGCCAAAAGCCGACCUCGGCUUGCUCCGGGAGAAGAUGUGGAUCAAAACCGUUCCAUCUCUUCCCUAUCUCACAACAGCAUUGGAGGUUUCCGUCAUGGCAAUGUGUUUCGCCAAGAUAGGAGACUUUCACAACGAUGGUAGAUUCAAGUUUGAAGGCCUCCAAUUAUAUCAUCGCGCUCUUCGUGAGCUUCAGUUGGCGCUUUUGAAUCCGCAAUUAUUGUACGAUGACCAAACCCUGGGGGCCUGCGUUGCAUUGACACAUUACGAGCUGACUCAAUGUCCUUCGGAUUCAGUGGUGCCAUAUAUGAAUCAUAUCGCCGGUUGUGCGAAGCUGGUUCAAAUUCGAGGGCCACAGCGGCACAGGGAUGGAUUAGGCCAUAAAAUAUUCACUCAUUUUCGGGUGCAGGACAUACUGUUCAACCUCGAUCUUCAAACCCCCACAUUCCUGGCAGAGCCGCAGUGGCAGCGGAUUCCCUGGCAAUAUACAUCGAAGACGGCCUAUGAAGCUGUUUGGGAUCUGCUCAGUUUUGCCCCAGAGCUGGUGGGCAAUGGCAACAAGCUUGGACAGAUGGAACCGAAAAUCCAAGCGAUUGUUGCCACAGACCUCCUGUCGAAAUGUUGGGAAUUGGACCAUGAAUUGAAGGUCAUCUAUGAUCAAUUGUUGAGCGCAGCAGAAGAGCCUCUAUAUUGGACAGAGUUGGCCAGCAACGUGAGGCAACUCGAAGAAGGCGUCGUCUUUCCUCUUGCUUUUCGCUUUCGAGACCUCGAAAGUGCUAGCACCUUGAUAAUCAUUUGGGCCACUCAAACCAUCUUAUGGCAUGGAAUGAUACAGCUGCACCAGCUCAUGCAACGUUUACAAUCGGUGAUACCAAUGGGGCAGGAAUCUAGGACCUUGACUCUGCGAGAACCGGGUCACCAGAGACACUACGUACCACCAGCUCUGAAUAUUUUCCAGUCCGUGGAGUAUUGUACACGAGAGGAGUUCCUCGACUUGGGGCCGAAAUCAAUCGCGGCUCCGUUGAGAAUUGCCAUUGACAUUCUCAAGCAGUAUCCUGCCUAUGACCGCGAGGUGUCGUGGGGACGGAGUAUGCUGCAGAAGGUGCAAGCGCGAUCACUUCGACUUCUCGGCUUUUAUGUUGAGUCAAAGCACUAG